GGUUGCCGGGAUGGAUUAGUGUGCAUAGCAAUCGAGAGGGAAGCAUACAUAUGGAACCCGUCUACUAGGAAAUCCAAGAGCUUGCCGAGUGCUCGUGCCAUUACUUGGCGAGGUAUGGGUUUGGGUAUGAUGACACUAUUGAUGAUUACAAGGUGGUUGGGUUCUUUAGAGAUGUUAGUAAAGGUCGUUAUGAGGUUGAUGUGAAGGUGUAUACAUUGAGGUCGGAUUCGUGGAAGAGGAUUGGAGGCUUUCUUCAUCAUCUUUCUACUUUGGAUGGUUUAGGGACAUUUGUGAACGGGGCCCUCCAUUGGAUUGUGAGGAUGAAGUCCAACGUGAUUAUUGUUUCUCUUGAUUUUGCGAAGGAGACGUUUGCAGAGGUUUUGCAACCUAAUUAUCUAGAUGGUCGUUGGUAUGAAACAUUGUUUGUUUUAAAUGGAUGCUUGUGUAUACUCUGUGGCUACAAUGUGUGUGCUGAUAUAUGGGUGAUGAAACAAUUUGGUAUUAUAGAGUCUUGGACCAACUUGGUUAUGAUACCUAGGGUGGCACAUCAAUCUGUGCGAAUUCCUACGUUGAGAACCUAGUUUUGCCUUGCAUGGACGCUGACAGUGGGGUUCAGUUGCAACACCGAUACCGAAGGGAUUAAAAG